AUGCGAAUAGCUAUUUCUACCUCUGCACUUAGCAUUAAGUCUACCCCAUUUAAAAAUGAAAUCCACGCGGCACUGAGUCUUUAUCUGCCAAACAGAAAUGUUUCAUAUACAACUUCUGAAGACAAUGAUGAUGUGCUUUUAACAUUAAAACACGGUGAAGAGAGUCAAAAUAGCAAUAAAAGGAAUCCAUAUAAGAUUGAAUUAAUCAACACACAGUUAAAACAAUCCGUCCUAGGAACGUGGUUUAUUAUGAAUAAAGUUUGUAUGGAUCUUCAAAAGGGCGGAAUGAUGAUAAUGUGCGGGGAUGAGAGUCGAACACAUGAAGGUUAUCUUUCCAUUGCUGAAAAUAUGGAAAUACCGCUUGUGAACUGGGAUUUAGCACCAGUUCUACCGAAUGAUGGACCAGUCAAUAAAUUUAUGUAG